CAGGAGACUGAGCUCUAGGUUCCGGAGAAGGAGGAAGACAACAGAAAAAUAGAAAAGAUCUGUUUUGUUUUCUUGCCUUUCGUCGAUCAUUCAUCGAAAAAGAAAAACGUUUGAAUCAACACACGGAAGCCUUUUAUCGUAUCCCAAAACACUUAUGUAUCGAAACGCGUACGAUAUUUAGAGGUAAAUGUUUGGAAGUUAAUAUGUCUGACAGUCCAGGAAAAGAGGAGGCAACCAUGGUUGGCCAUAAACCCUCUACAAGUGCCCCCACAACACACAAGGUACAUGUUGUUUCCAGCAACUCCAUCCAGCCAUCACCUGAUUCCAGUGAAGAGGUUCCAGAACAGACCUCGGUGGUGGAACUUAAUGCAGCUAAUGCCACAAAUAUCAAGCAGAAUCGCCAGCAGAGAGUGUUUGACAUGAUGAAAUUACUACAACAAAAGCACCUCCAGGACGUCAUGCAGACGGAAAUGAGUGACCGUGGUAGCUGGGAAGUAGCUGAGACGCAGAACAUUUGCAGAAUCUGCCAUUCAGCUGGGGAGGAGCCCCUUGUAACACCGUGCCAUUGUUCUGGCUCUGCCAAAUUUGUUCACGCUACUUGCCUGUUGACAUGGUUCAAAAAGGCUGUCAAAAACACAUGUGAACUUUGUCGGUGUAAAGUCGCAAUCAAGAAAAAGGGGAAGCCAUUCGCAGAGUGGAGAAAGCCUGAAGAUAAGCCGAUCCCCCUUAUCUGGUUCAUUGUCUUUCUUGUUGGACUGUUUCUCAAUGUGUUCUCUAUAUCCGUCAACGCAUCAGAAGUAUGUACCACGACAGCCUGUAUUAUCUUCUACGUUGUCAAUGGUUUUGGUGUCGUCCUUGAUGCUGCAUUCUUAUACUUUUGGUGGACUCGUUGUCUGUUUUAUUGGAAAAAGUGGUGCGCCCUUAAUCAGGAUUGGUCCAUUCUGUCUUGCCCUGCGUCUGCUAUUACGCAAAGGCCAGCAGAAGAACGCAGUCUACGGGCUUUACAGAUCUCUCAAAUAGUGUAGUAUUAAAGUGAAGUUGGUUGUGAAUAACAGGUAAACUGCCCUGGAAGUCCCUGAGCAUUCCAUGUGGUUACAUGCCAUCCUCAGGGACAUACUCUGCAUAAAUUUUACGAGGAAAAAAACAUUCGGCGUGCCCAACAAAAAAGGGGUUUCAGGGCCUUCAUCCCUUUAUCAGUAAGAGGUACACAGGCGUCACUCUGCCAUGUUCCCGGGAUCAUAUGAUGUUCAUCAAUGUGUUAUUGUCCCUGUACACCCAAGCACAAUAAGCAGAUAACGGUUCGCGCUAUUGUCGGUAUAAUCGGCUCAUACGUUCUAGGAAGUCAGAAUGAAGUCACUGUGACGCAAAAGUAGCCAUCCUUUAUUAAGUUUUCAAGUUAAAAUGAACUGCAUUAUCUUGACUUUGUUGUGGAUGUAAAGAAGCUGUAGAAAAGGAAGUUUGUAAAUAAAUAAGUGUAUUGUUUGAUCUGAAA